GUUUGGAGAGGUGCGAACCGUAGUAACGGUCGUUGUUGGUUAGAAGUCAGAGGUGCAUCGAUCAAAUCAACACUGCCCGGCGGUGGAUAUUUGACGGUCACGUUGAUUUCAUCAUUCAGAGGUGCAUCGAUCAAAUCAACGGCGCCGACAUUCGGCGGCGGAUAUUUGACGGUCGUCUCGAUUUCAGCAAUCAGCGGUGCAUUC